CUUCCGGGUAAAAGGCAUCGGAAAUGCUUUGGGCUUGCUGAAAGGCGGAUCCCUGCGUUCUACUUUGUCUUUUACAAACAGAAUUUUCUCUACCUUUCUUUCAGCAAGUCGAAAGAAAUACUCUUUAUAAUAGACUGUUACACACGUUUCACAUACAUCUCAAAAGAGCAGAAGUUGCAGGGGCGACAGUGGGAAUUUUGUCGCUUUGUUGUUAGCCAAUACGCGGCUAACUUUGAACACACUAGCACCCAACUUGCCAAGUGUCCUGUAUCGCAGAGGGGCAGCGAUAGCAUCUGUACUAAACACUGUAAAAUGGCAGACAAUGAUCCGAUGUGGGCAUUGAAGAACGGCCAACUGGACGAUGUUAAAGCGAAACUGGUCACGGCUGACGAUGUGAACAGAAUUCUAGAGGGUGGAAGGAUGCCACUACAUGUAGCUGCAGACUUUGGUCACGCUGAAGUUGUGGAGUACCUCAUUUCUAAAGGAGCGGACGUUAACGCUCCAGACAAGCAUGGCAUCACUCCUCUGCUCGCCGCUUGUUACGAAGGCCAUGUGUCCUGUGUCAAGAUCCUGGUAGCGAAGGGAGCAAACAAAGACUAUAAAGGUCCAGACGGCCUGAAUGCUUUUGAAGCUGCUGAGAGUGACGGUGUGAAGGCUCUGCUGAAGUGAGGCAGCGACGCGCAGCUGGACGAGGCUGGACUGGCAGGGGCACAGGGGGCAGACAGGAGAACUGACGAUGGACGCAGUGUUCACAUGACAGAGGACAAACACAACUCUAAAUCUUGGAAUAACCUCUGGCUAAAAUCCACUGCUUUGUACCUUUGAUAGAGAUGGUCAGUUUUCUUUGUCUGGGCAUUUUCCCAUUUAUUUUCUCUCUUUUUUUACUCACGGUUUUUGGUUUAUGCUUUGUCUUCUUUUUAGCCUCUGAUUGUAGCCAGAGGGUCUGUCACCGCUGUCUCUCUUAGGGACCAAAAACGUAUCUGAGACUUAUCUGGACAAAAAUGCAAAAACAGUAAGCACUUAAACAUCUUUCCAAAUUACAGUUGAAUUUGAAUAAUAAUUGGUCUUUUUAUACUCUUAAAUGGGACUUAAUUGUAUGGGCAUUUACUGAAUUGUACUUAACUAAACUGAAAAAGAAGAGUGGAAAAAGAAAGUAAUUGUGGCUAUUUUUGUAUAACAAAUUUACCUUUAACCAAUCACACAACGAAAAAGGCUUUUUCUUCAGCUGCUUAAUACAUGGUUGAUAAAUAGAGAUUUCCAAUGAUCAUGUUGACUAAAUAAAAUGACAUAUAUCUUCACCUGUUCUGAAGCGUAGUUUGGUGCAACAUAGAAAAGAUACAAUAAAACAAGUGAUUGACAUCUGAGACCAAUGACUUUUAGUAGCAGUUCUUGUAUUCUGUAUUUGGUGGCUAAUAGGAGUCAUAGAGGUGCUUCGUUUAAACUGGAUUGUGGAUUUCUUUGGAAUGGUUUGAAUCUCUGCCUAUUUUGCUGCAUGUCAAGCUGCCUCUGCUUUUAUGCUAUGAAACGGUCACUGUCCCAUUUUGGUUGCUUUGAGAUCACCGACAAGGGUGUAACGGACAAAAACAUGCUCUUGCUGACUUUGUUGUGACAAAAAGUCUGUAAAAACAAAUAAAAAGUGACAAAUAA